GACCGGAUGAACGCGACCACUAUCGUGUGUAUUGCUACUCCUACGGUAGUAGAUCAAUAUCGACGCCUACAACUGUACGUAGCUUUCUCGUAGGUUGUUCUGCUUGCGCUUGCUUGCAAGUAGAAGCGAGAACUACAGAGCCGUGAUGUGAAGAGCGUGUUCUUCAAGCGCUUCGCAAGUUGUACAAGAACGCUGUAUUCAUCAUUAAACCUCUACUUUUCGUCAUUACUAUCUUCCACAAUGACCUUCGGCUUCGGCGCCAGUUGGAGUUCCUUGUUUGCGUUUUAUCACUGGCUGGAUUCGCACCUGUACGACUGGUCCUACUACCUGGUCGAAUGGGCGGACCCGAACGCGGUCAUUCCCGCACCGGAGCGGUACUUGGUCCGCAGCGGGACCUGCUGGCGAGCCGUCGACAAAAUUUCUCUGCAGGACAUGGAGUACUACGUGGCCGAGAAGCAGGAAGCGAAGCGAGCCGCCGCGGCCGCGGAAGAAGCGGAGAAGAAUAGGAACCUAAUAUCCAAAAGAAAAAAAAACCCUUCCCCAUAUCGGAAACGAAAUUUUUUUUGCUGUAUUUGAGUACGCAAAUCGACUGGUAUUGCUAGAGGGCCAAGAGCCGCAGUUGUGGCCUCGUUUGCAGGCAAUUUGUCAUGCUGUCUCCCACCUCCAGCUGCACUGCUUCCUGUCAUGCUGAAGAUGAAGCAAAGGCUUUCCCACGCAACCCAGUACUACAGUCCGCAUCUUUUCCCUUCUAACAUGACAAAGCUGAUCUGUGACCACAAAUCUCCAUCACAGACUUCCGUUUUGAUAUGGCGAGCGGAGAUAGGGAUUUUUCUUCUUGAUGUCUAACGAUGGCCGCAACAGCUUCUUCCAGUGGAAGUAGCAGCACCGCGUCGGCUGGUGCUACCGCGUAUAGGAACACUGCUGGUGGUCAUGUAAAUGACAAUAGUGCACCAGCUGCUGGCAUGUCACCCACAGGAAAUGAGGAACAGAGCAGAAGCACCAGAACCAGCACCACGGCCACCUCUACACGAGAACAAAAUGACUUUUAUGAUCCACCUUCAUCCCAAAGCGGAAGUUCACAAGAAAUAAAAACCGAAAGUAGACACCAGUCCGGCCAGCAGUCAACAUCUGGAAAAAAUACCGCUUCUACCACUGCCUGGAUAAUCCCGUAUGCGACCCAGCAGCUCACCGACGCAACGCAAUUUUUCGUGACGUUUCUAGCCGACGUUUCUAAUAUUUGCGCCGCGAUUUUCCUGCAGUUUGCGGACGGCACAGCGACGAUGUUCGGUGCCUCGCCCGUCGUGAAGAAGAAGGCGCGCGACGUUUCCGUGGUGAAGAACUCGAAUUCCGGCACCACAGCCAAGAAGGAGGCUCGUCGGGCGAGCGCGAGCGACCGAGAGCAACAGAUACAAGAGGCGAGGCGACAGCAACAGCAGCGGCGGCGGAUAUUGGAGCAGGAAGAGAGGGAGAAAGACAAAAGAUACCUCGAGCAGAUGGAGAUGGGAGAGCACGACGACGAAAGCGCCCGCGAGGAGGACCACGCGCCGUCUACAGGUGCAGCAGAAGAUGAAGCUCCAGCGAGACCAGAAACAGGGGAGAAAACAAGAAGUGAUCACCAGAAAACUGCUGGAAGGGCGUCUUUCAACGAAGAAGAGAUUUUUGUGAAGUCCCAGCACAGUCGUGAAACUGAAAAUAACAGAAGUCUUGAUGGGCACGACCAGCAGAUGAAUCCGGAUACUGAUGAAGCGCGCACUUCUAUCGCGACGCGCACUUCUAGAAGUUCUAACGCGACCUCCGAUCGGUCAGCACGAUCAGCGCCAGAAGUGUCCUCCACCGCGGGAGGAGGUGCAUCUUCUGCCACAACAUCAUCUUCGUCGGCGGCAGCCCCCGAUGUUGAAAAGUCAGAGACCACGACCUCUGGAGCUGGUGGAGCAGCACCUGGGCACACACAUCAAAACUACAGGAACGAGACGGGGAAAUCACCAACACCAACAGCCGCACGACCAUCAACAGGAAAUAAUUCCGACCAUAAUUACAACAACUCCGGCCCAGAACAUCACCGUGAUACGACCGCGAGGACAACAGCCACGAGCCACACAACAACCGGCGGGGGGCUCAUACACCAGCACAGCAGCAAUUAUGGUGUAACUUCUCCAAAUCCAAAUGCAAAUACUGGAAGAACUACUACUACCAGUACAAGGAACGUUGAAACCAAUGCCGACGGCACGACACAGGAGAUGAUGAAGCGUCCAGCGUCGCCUCAGAAUAAAUACUUUCGAGGGCAUUUGUACAACCCAAGCGCGCAAAGCAGGGCAACGCCCAGGCCCCCGAAACCCAUCAAGGGCCUCAGCAAAUAUCGGCAUCCGAGGUAUUCGCAUUGCCUUUGUUACUCAUGAGUCACAAGAAGCCCAAAGCUCCUGCUGCUCGUCGUGCAGUAAUUGAUUCCUGAAAAUGCAAUCAGUAAGUUGUUGAAUGAAAAGCAACAACCCAGACUUGAUGACCAGAUCACUUUCCAAUUUUAGGUGGAAGAAGAUUCAGCCAUACGUGAGCGAGGUGGUCGCGCUGCAGUUCGGCCGGUUCUUCGCGCGCCAGGAGGACGCCGUGCAGGGCGUAGGCUACGUGCACCCCAACCUGACGCGAAACGGCACCGUGCUCACCCCGGAAGAGGCCUCCCACCUGUAUGUGCAGAACUUUCCGCUGAUCGGCCGGUACCUCUUGUGGCAAAGUCCCGAGGAAGACUGGAAGGCCGAAAAAAUCGCGGCGGCACACGAGCAGAUGAUGCUGGCGAAACAAGCAGCACUCGCCGCCGAGGAAGAAAAAAACGACUCUGCUGCACCAACCUCCUCUUCGAAGGAACAAACAGAAACCGAAACCUCACAGACGCACCAACAGCAGCAGGAACAGCAAGAUGAAUUUGAGUCCAAGAACACCGAAAAACUGUACGCCACCAGGUCCGCAAAGGUGGCGGAGGAUUUGCGUGCAAACAACAUCAGUUCGAUUUUCGGAAAGCCCGCAGAACAGUUGAUUUCCGAGCUGAUCAGCGUCAGCAAGAGUGCAUCUUCUUCAGCAAAAAGUAGCGCGAGUGGCGACAAGGAGGAGAACUCUCACACUACAAAAACCUCUGGAGGGAGUACACCUUCGAAGCAGGCUCAGGACCAAAGUGCGUCGUCAAGAAGAUCAGCAAUGAAGACACCUUCUCCCUCCACUUCAAAAGUGGUACACGAACAUCUUGUCGGAAAGGAUGUCGUGCCACCCAUCGUGACCUCGUUGAACUACAACGAACGGCCCAGGUUGAAGUACCACGUCACUCCUUCCUGCAUUGUCGACACGCAGCGGCUCCAUCCGGACUGGAAAAUGAUUCCGCUCGAGGAGCUCCCGAAGGGCAUGCGGAAGAUUAUGCGGCAGGCCAGCGAGACGCCGACGCGGCAGCAGUCGUUGCCCCUCGCGCGCGGCGCGCUGCAGGUGGAAAAAAACAAAAUGGGCCACGUGAUCGCCGGGAUUCCGCACGAAAUCUGGUACUCGCCGAUGACCGGGCAGGAGUUCGUCCUUAUCUGGGUAUAAUAGUUGCACUUUUUCGCUUGCGUUUCAAGAUUUUCUGUCCAAUAUGUCACGUACGUAUUCACUUCGUAUCUAUGGUAUGAAUUACUUAUUAUACGAAUCCGAACAAGGUGAAGACUUUGUCGUGUUUCCGCAUAUGAUAUGCGAUUGUGCGAUGCUCAACUAGUGGCUCGUUGACUCCAUAAUUUCCAUUUCAGGUUGAGAGGGGACCCUGGUGGAACGGGUUUUACUUCGUACUCACACGGCACGUCGUCAAACUUACAGAGCUCGGGCGCGUCAGCAUCAUUCUGACACUGACGCUCGCGGGACUGCUCGGCGCGAACCGUGCGCGCGGGGAGCACGAUGUGGAAUGAAUAAAUAACCGUUUUGAUCUUCAUGCUAGUUCUUCCUCCAUAAUGCUGUGAUUCAAGUACUGACCAACCAAAUAACCUAAGAACUCACAAUCUGUCAUGGACACGAGUCCGGAUUAUACAGAACAAGUGCACGACAUGGUGGCACAGUUUUGAACACGGAAAAGAAAAUUGAUUCAUCGACGCUCGACCACUGACUGUUUGUUGUAGAGGCAUUUUUGAACAACAUCAACAAUUUGACGCAUGAUUUGCGAUGUGAAGAUGAUAUCUGUGUGGGCAGCGGCAGCGAGAGCUGCGAAAUUUAUUUAAGGACAUAAAGCGAGAAAAUGUGGCGGACAUACGAUAUUAAAGGGCUUGUCGCAUGCAGAGCUAGCAAAACGUCGUACAACCGAGAAGUUGAAUAUAACGGGGUGAGCUCUGCCUCUGCCUAACAUCCGUAUACCUGGAGGAGAACACCGGCGCUUUCUGAGCACUAAUGGACUCGCACUGUGAUGAUGAAUACAGCUACCAUUUGACCGGUAGUUGUGAUGCGCUAGAACGCUUUACUUCAGCCUUAUCGUUAUCAGACGCGCUCGUGCAGCUAGGUCGACGACCUCGAACGGAAGUUGAAGCGAAGGAAAGAUG